GGCUUUGUGGACUGGGAUACUCGUGUGUUUAAUUACAAAAUAAACAUGUUUCAGUGAGUUAUUGUAGACAUGGCGACUGACAGUCAAUCGAAAUACAGGCCGCUUUUACGUCAGUGUUUUCUCACAGCAAGCGUUGCUAUUAACAUAGUGGGCCAUGGCGGAGUCAUCGGGUUUCCUGCGAUCCUCAUUCCAGCUCUGCGUCUCCCGGAGUCUCAUAUCAAGGCGAGCACCAGUGAAGAAUCGUGGAUUGCUUCCAUUGUUGGCUUCGCGUUGAUUGCUGGGAAUAUUAUAAUCACGCCAUUGAUGGACAUGAUUGGCCGGAAGAAAUCUCAUCUGCUCACUACCAUACCAUCAUUAACUGGAUGGUUCUUACUCCUGAUGUCAAACAGCGUCGCAGGUCUCAUAGCGGCAAGGUUCUUACAAGGUGUUGCCAUGGGAAUGCUUGGUCCGCUAGGAUCUAUUAUUAUUGGAGAAAUGACAGACCCUAAGAACCGUGGUGCAUUUUUAACGACCGUCUCAUUAUCACUAACAGUAGGAGUGCUCUCCUCUCAUACUUUAGGUUCUUACUUCAGCUGGCAACAAAGUGCUUUAAUUUGUUCUUUUAUCAGCUUCACUGCCCUAAUUUUAAUUAUAUACAACCCAGAAUCGCCAUCAUGGUUAAUAUCAAAAGGCAGAUAUGAAGAAGGCGAAGAAAUAUUCUACUGGUUAAGAGGCAGAAAUGAGGAGCAAGCAAUCGAAUUUGAAAAUAUGAUUGCAGCUCAAAAAGCACUUAGGAAAGUCAGCAUUCCAGAUGAAAACGUGUCCCUUAUGAUUAAAUUAGGACGUAUUUGCAAAUAUUUGAGCGAGUCAUCUAGAAAACCAGAAUUCUAUAAACCAAUUAUCAUUAUGUUCUUAUUGUAUACUAUGUUUCAGUUCGCUGGUAUUAACGUUAUAAGUUCAUACGCAACAGAUAUUAUUCACCAAGUUGUUGGGCCGGAUGCUAAUGCUAAAUUACUAAUGGUGGCAUUAGAUAUUGAAAGACUGAUUUGCAAUAUAUUAGCUGUGUUCCUAAUGAAGACCAUGCGAAGAAGGACUUUAUUGUUCAGCAGUGCAGCUGUUUGUGUUUUAUCCUAUUUAGGAAAAAGCGGAUACUUAUACGCGAAGCAAAAUGCUUUGUUAUCAUACGAUAGUAAAUGGAUACCAAUGCUUCUUAUUGGUUUGUAUAUGUUCUCUUUAACAGUUGGUAUAUCUUCAAUACCAUUCACGAUUUCAGGUGAGAUUUUCCCCUUAGAAUAUCGUGGAUUAGGUGGAGGCAUAAGUGUACUAGCAUUGUCCUUUAAUUUCUUUGUAGCUGUGAAAUCAUUCCCAGUUCUCACUUCAGCUGUAGGUCUAUCAGUAACAUAUCUUUUGUACGCUAUCGUUGUCGUGGCAUGUUUGGUUGUUAUUUACUUUAUGUUACCGGAAACUAAAGAUAGAACUUUGCAGGAAAUAGAAGAUAGUUUUCGAGGCAUGUCGAACUCUGAUCGUAAAUGUAUCGAACCCUUGAAUGCUUCUCAAAAUGGCGAAUUGCGGAGGUGCAGUUCGCAUAUACUUUAUUAGUAUUGUACUCAUAAAAAUGUGAUAUUCGGGUAUAGGUAUUGUAUUAUGUUAUAUUGAUUUCAAGAAUAACUUUAUUCUCACGGAUCCAAUAUUAUUUAUAAAACAAACGUAAUUGUAAAAAUAUAUUUUAAUUUUGUUCAACUACUAAGUAACAAGUUAUUUUUGAAUAAAUAUCAUUUAAAACUG